AUGUCUAUUUUAGUUCCUCUUUACAUCUACCCCAGUCCCGGCGCUUGGGAUCCAUUGUACUCAGCUGCAAAGUCACAUUGGGAUGUUGAAUUCACGGUGAUUCUCAAUCCAUGUUCUGGACCAUGCAUGGGCUCUCUGCCCGAUCAAGUCUAUCUCGACGAGAUUCCCAAGCUGCAAUCAUACCCCAACAUCCGCACACUAGGCUAUGUCGCAACGCACUACCUCGACAAGGAAAUUGAGACUGUGUUUGCAGAGAUCGACACAUAUGCAAAAUGGCCCACAGUUUCAAAUAUAUCCAAGAUGCGUGUUGAUGGCAUCUUCUUCGACGAAACACCUAGCUCGUUCGACCCACAGGGAUAUGAGUAUCUCCAACGCGCGCAAUCGGCAGUGCGCAAUCAGACAACAUUCAAGGACCAUUUCGUCGCGCACAACCCUGGCAUUCUAUCGCCAGGGAUACUCAAUUCGAAAAACAUAUUACAGCAAUCUUACCUCAAUCUCACGGACCUGACCGUCGUCUUCGAAGAGACGUUUGAAAAGUGGUUAGACAAGGAAACACUCGAUCCGCUGCAAGCACACAAGAUUCGGCGGUCCAAGCUGGCUGUUAUUCUACAUUCCAUGCCCCAUUUGAGCGAUCAUUUUCUUGACUUUGUGGUCGAUCAAGUGGAAGAGACGGGGGAUUGGCUAUUCUUGACAAAUGUGCAAGAGGUGCAUGAGUACUAUCAUAGUUUCAGCCCGAUGUUUGCGAAUAUGGUUAAGGCGGUGGAUACUGGGCUAGGGAAGAGAAGAAGAGAUAGAUAG